GGUUAGGUCAUGGCUGGAGAUUUUAAAUAUUUUGAAGUGGGGGCCGCGGGGAUGAACUUGUUAUUUUAUCAGCGUAAACGCCUUGCAAAGCAGCGACGAAGGGUAGGUAGCUCCAUCAGAAGGCCAGUGGGAUUAUGGACCGUGAGCUCGUGGAGAAGUUUAUUGAGGUGACCGGUGAAGGUGAGGCAACAGCUGCUCAGUAUUUGGCACUCGCAGAUGGUAAUUUAGAGUCAGCGAUCAGCUUGUUAUUCGAAGCUGGAGGUGCAGCACCAAGUUCAGAGUCAUCAGCAAGACCAGUAGUUGAAGAUGAGCCUGAAGUUCGGGCGCCUAUUCUCCCGACUCAGGAGGUUCUUGUACCUCCCGAAGUCUCGUGUUCUUUUCCUAGGGCUCCUAACAGCAUAUUUGACAGAUUCAGAGAUUUUGCAGUUGAAACACGAAGACAAGAAGAAGAAAUGACGCAGAGGGCAUCUGGAGCUAGAAAGUCAUCUUCGUGUAACAAAUCUAAGCGCUUGGAGGAUUUGUUCAGACCACCCUGUGAUAUAUUAUUUCUAGGGACAUUCAAUGAAGCCAGGGAACAUGCUCAAAGUAUUAAUCGUUGGCUACUUGUCAAUGUCCAAAAUCAACAAGAAUUUGCUUGCCAAAUACUCAAUCGAGAUGUCUGGACCAAUCCACAAAUACGGGACAUUAUAAAUGAUCAUUUUGUUUUGUGGCAGGUUUUAUCAAAUUCCGUCGAUGGGAAACGUUAUAUUGACUUUUACAAAGUUGACAGCUACCCUUACCUUGCAAUCAUUGACCCAAGAACUGGUGAAUGCAUGAGAUCAUACAAUCAUAUAACUGUAGACAGUUUGGUUUCUGGACUGAAUGAUAUGCUAAGUACUCAUGCUUCUCCAGAAAAUGUCGAUUCUACACCUAUAAAGAAAAAAUUCAUACCAACAGAAGCAACUUUUUCCGAACAUUUACAAAAUGACACUGUAACGAAUUCGAAUCUCCCUACAAAUUCAAAAAGAUCGCGAGCAUUUGACAAAAGCGCCGGAAGCAGUAGUUCAAAAUCAGAUUUCAGAGACAGCAAAUCUAGUAAAAGUUCCACUAGUACAAAAUGUACUAGCAAUUUCAUAAGCAAAAGAUCUAGAAUAGAUGAGAUGGGUUCCAAAGAAAAACAACAACAAGAAAUGGAGGCAAACAAUGAACUAGAGCCUCCAGAGGAUUCAAAUGCUCCACAGGUAAAAGUUUGCCUCAGAUUACCUAAUGGUAGCAAAGAAACGAUAUCGAUAGCGGCGACCAACACAGUUCAGGGUUUCAUCAAGAAAAUGGAAAAAAUGGGCUACCAGUCAUCUGACUAUACAUACCUUAUACCUUUUCCAAAAACGAACAUUGGCGAACUCUCGAUGAAUUUACGACUAUCAGAAACUAUUCUCUAUCCUUCCAAUACAGUAUUCAUAACAAAGAUCUAGUCGACGUCAACCGAGGAUCGACGCCAUGAAGCUCUGAAUAAAGACUUUUGAGAAGUACUGAAUUAUAGUGUGUGCUAAACUUGUGAUUGAUUCUCAUUUAUACAUACAUACUUAUAAAAUUCAUCAAAGUGUAAUAAUAUGGCAAGUACGAAAAAUAGCUAACGUAAAAAUCACUUGAAAAUUGAAGAUAAAAAUUUUAUAUCAAUUUUUGAGUGAUUUUUUCGCGUAUAUCUCAUAAAAGGGUAUACAGAUAGUCAUCGCGAUUGUACAUAAAAUGAACGAUCUUUGCAUUCAUAUACUUAACCUUUUCUGGAACACUGCCAAUUUAAAGACUUUUUAAUAUGAUAUUCUCUUACUAAACAUCACAUCUAUUCCAUAGCGGUAUAAUCCGUAGGUAAUUAAUUUUAUAUAAUUAUGUGGAUUAGAAGGAAGAAUUAUGUGAAUAAAUAACUGUUCAAUCAAUUAUUACAUGAACAAAAACAAACUUCUCGAAACUUUUUGGAUUGUUUCAAAUUUCGUGUUAUUUAAAUUAAUUCAAUUAAAAAGCAUUGCAAUACUUUUAUUUGUAAUCACUGCUAUUUUUAAACUUUUUUUACAAUAAAAGUAUUGCAUUGUUUUUUAGAUGUGCGUGAGGGAAUUAAACUAAUAUGAAUGAAUGUACAAUUAUUUGACGAUUUUUAAACUUGAAAUAGCUUUUGUAUAAGUUUUUAUAGCACUGCGUGACCUAAGUCCGCGUUUAAGUCUCGCCUAUCCGUGACCUAAACAGUCCUU